CUUUGAAUUCUGUGUUAGUUGCCCACUAAUACCUAUAUUAAAGAAUACAUAAAAUAGCAUUUCAUGGGACCUUUAAAGUAUGGCUGCAUCAUAUGGGUGCACGUCAUCCCGUCGGCGUCGCGGAGCGUCAGAUCGGGCGGACGACACAUCGGCCAUGAAGGGGAGAAACAUGUAAAAUCGACAGCAUCCACGGGAUUUCCUUUGUAAUUCAGUGACAGUGCUCAUGCUUCUCGAUCGAAAGCCCACCACGGUUGUACGAGGAGUCCCGGGGGGAUUGCUUUGAUAGCAGCCAGGUAGCGAACAACGUAGUGAGAGUUUGGGGAAGGCUGAGGUGGUGCUCGGUGGAAAGAGGAAAACAACAUGGCUGCGGUGGAGCUCGAGUGGAUCCCGGAGACACUGUACAACACCGCUAUCUCGGCCGUGGUCGAUAACUACGGGCGAUCGAGAAGAGACAUACGCUCUCUUCCAGAAAACAUACAGUUUGAUGUCUACUAUAAGCUUUACCAGCAGGGCCGGCUAUGCCAGCUGGGAGGGGAGUUCUGUGAGCUGGAGGUCUUUGCCAAAGUUCUGCGGGCCUCAGACAAAAGACACCUCCUGCACCACUGUUUCCAGGCCUUGAUGGACCACGGUGUCAGGGUGGCCUCGGUUCUGGCCAGCUCCUUUAGUCGCCGCUGUUCUUACAUUGCAGAGUCUGAUGCCCACGUCAAGGAAAAAGCCAUUCAGUUUGGCUUUGUGUUAGGUGGCUUCUUAUCUGACGCAGGCUGGUAUGGAGAUGCUGAAAAGGUCUUUCUGUCGUGCCUGCAGCUGUGUACCCUACACAACGAGGUGCUGCACUGGUAUCGGGCGGUGGAAUGCUGUGUCAGGUUGCUCCACGUCCGCAACGGCAACUGCAAGUACCAUCUUGGGGAAGAGACCUUUAAGCUGGCCCAGUCCUAUAUGGACAAACUAGCCAAACAUGGCCAUCAGGCCAACAAGGCAGCACUGUACGGCGAGCUUUGUGCCUUGCUCUUCGCCAAAAGCCACUACGAUGAGGCAUAUAGAUGGUGUAUAGAAGCAAUGAAGGAGAUAACGCCAGGGCUGCCUGUCAAAGUAGUGGUGGAUGUUCUCAGACAAGCAUCCAAGGCUUGUGUGGUGAAGCGAGAGUUUAGGAAAGCAGAGCAGCUGAUUAAGCAUGCAGUGUUUUUAGCAAGAGAACAUUUUGGACACAAGCAUCCCAAGUACUCCGACACUCUGUUGGAUUAUGGGUUUUACUUACUAAAUGUAGACAACAUAUGCCAAUCUGUUGCGAUUUAUCAGACGGCGCUCGACAUUCGACAGUCCGUAUUUGGAGGAAAAAACAUCCACGUUGCCACAGCCCACGAGGACCUUGCCUACUCCUCCUAUGUGCACCAGUACAGCUCUGGGAAAUUUGAUAAUGCUCUAUUCCAUGCAGAACGUGCCAUAGACAUCAUAACUCAUAUUCUGCCUGAGGACCAUCUGUUACUGGCCUCUUCCAAGAGGGUCAAAGCCCUGAUCCUGGAAGAGAUUGCCAUCGACUGCCACAAUAAAGAGACGGAGGAACGUCUGCUACAGGAGGCUCAUGACCUGCACCUCUCCUCUCUGCAGCUUGCCAAGAAAGCGUUUGGGGAGUUUAACGUACAGACGGCAAAACACUACGGCAACCUGGGCCGCCUGUAUCAGUCUAUGAGGAAAUUUAAGGAGGCAGAGGAGAUGCACAUCAAGGCCAUUCAGAUCAAGGAGCAGCUGCUGGGCCAGGAGGACUACGAGGUGGCGCUGUCUGUGGGCCACCUGGCCUCCCUCUACAACUACGACAUGAACCAGUACGAAGACGCAGAGCGCCUCUACCUGCGCUCCAUUGCCAUUGGGAAAAAGCUGUUUGGCGAGGGCUACAGUGGCCUGGAGUACGACUACCGUGGCCUCAUCAAGCUCUACAACUCGGUGGGCAACUACGAGAAGGUGUUUGAGUACCACAACAUCCUCUCCAACUGGAACCGACUGAGGGACCGGCAGUUUGCCGUGGCCGACGCCUUGGAGGAUGUCAACACCACACCGCAGCAGACACAAGAAGUGGUGCAGACCUUCCUCUUGGCCCAGACCCUGGGGCCCGCUCGGCCAGGCCUGGGCCCCCCCGUGAGGGAUUAAAGGGGAAGAAGGAGGGACCCAGACACCGGGACCCUCCGUGAGGGAUUAAAGGGGAAGAAGGACCUAUUGGCUAAAGCCGGGGAUGGUGGAGGGUGACAGAAAGAGGAUGUGAGUUCCGAGAGGACCCUUGUGAGUUCACACACAUUUAUUAGGGAGGUACCCUGGGGAGAAGUGUAUAUGAUUAUGAGAGAGCUGUAUAGAUGGAUGGGGUUGUGUCAGCACUGUUGCCAUUACACAUCCACAUGCUUGGCUAAGAAUAUGUCUUAUCAAAACCACUCUACACAAACCGCCUGGAUUGUUGGAUCAGUUCACUGGCAUACCUGAAUACGGAUUAGACUAAGACCUUUUCAGAGAGAAGAAACAAGUUGUAUCUGCAAGUGUGGAGAUUGAGAUGGAAAACAGACCGGGUUUCCUGCCUCAAAACCCCUUCCCCUCCCCUCCUGGACCACAAAGGACACAACCUGUCACAUCUUGUUAAAUGUGUCCUUGUCAAACGUGACCAACAGUUUCAUCAUCAAUGUGUGGUUGUUUUCUUUUUCAAUUCAGUGAAGCAACAUCAGUCGAGUGUGAGUUAUGCAUAGCUUUUCUCAAAGGAUAGACAAGCACUUAAGGGUAAAUUUUAGGUUUGAUGUAUUUUAGUUACUAUUUUGUUGCAUACGAGGCUGGAGGGCUUGUUAAUCAUUUGUUUUUAUUAUAUUCAGAGGGUUGGGGAAGGUAAUCCCCAGCAAAUUCAGAGUAGAACUGACAUUGCUUUAUUAAAGACCCAGUGACUCAAAUACGUUUAUGCUUCGACACAAUUCUAGUCUUUUGGGCUCUAUACACCAUCACAAUGGAUUUGAAAUGAAACGGAGAAGAUGUGCUUUAACUACAGACUUUCAGCUUUAAUCUGAGGAUAUCAACAUCCAAAUCAAUCAAUGAGUUCUGAAACAUUUGGCUGAAUAUGAGCAGAUAAUAUUGCCCGAAACACUUCAGAAUUCAUCCUGCUGCUUUUGUCAGCAGUCACAUCAUCAAUCGAUCUUUGUCUCAUCUGUCCAUAGGAUGUCUUUCCAGAACUAUGAAGAUGUUGUUUGGCAAACUGUAAUCUGGCCUUCCUGUUUUUGAGGCUCACCAAUGGUUUACGUUUUGUGGUGAACCCUCUGUAUUCACUCUGGCGAAGUCUUCUCUGGAUUGUUGACUUUGACACACAGACACCUACCUACUGGAGAGUGUUCUUGAUCUGGCCAACUGUUGUGAAGGGUGUUUUCUUCACCAGGGAAAGAAUUCUUCGGUCAUCCACCACAGUUGUUUUCCGUGGUCUUCCGGGUCUUUUAGUGUUGUUGAGCUCACCGGUGCGUUCUUUUUUUUAAGAAUGUUCCAAACAGUUUAUUUAGCCACACCUAAGGUUUUUGCUAUCCCUCUGAUGGGUUUGUUUUGAUUUUUCAGCCUAAUGAUGGCUUGCUUCACUGAUGGUGACAGCUCUUUGGAUCUCAUAUUGAGAGUUGACAGCAACAGAUUCCAAAUGCAAAUAGCACGCUUGAAAUGAACUCUAGACCUUUUUUCUGCUCCUUGUAAAUCGGAUAAUGAGGGAAUAACACACACCAAGCCAUGGAACAGCUGAGCAGCCAAUUGUCCCAUUACUUUUGGUCCCUUCAAAAGUGGGAGGCACAUAUACAAACUGAUGUAAUUCCUACACCGUUGACAUGAUUUGGAUGUAAAUACCCUCAAAUUAAAGCUGACAGUCUGCAGUUAAAGUUUUUUCAUUUUUUUUCAUUUCAAAUCCAUUGUGGUGGUGUAUAGAGCCAAAAAGAUUAGAAUUGUGUUGAUGUCCCAAUAUUUCUGGACCUGACUGUAUUUCUUAAAUGGUCGGGACUCGGGAACAAAUUAAUAUAUGCCAUUUGCUCACUGUUGCUAAAAUAAGCCCGUAUUUUAGAGAAAACGAGUGUAAAGCCUAUGUUCCUCUCAAACACUAAAAGGCGGGUAACGGUCGUUUCGUGACGCCGAGGGGCCUUGAAGUAAACUCCUCGCUGAAAGGGAUGAUGGCGACCAGGGGUUAGUGGCUGGGUGGAGCUCUACCUGGGAUGGGACGGACCGAGAAAGUGUUUAGCCUCUCUGACAGUUUUUUUUUUUUUAUUACGCCACUGUGUGUGUGUGUUUGUGUGUAUGAGAAUGCGGAUCUGUGGAGCUUGUUAUGAAAAGCUGUUGAUUUUUAUGUCCGAGAGGGGGUUUGGCUUCCCAGACACCUAUACUAAAUCGCCAUGGUGUGUGUGGAUGUGUCGAGCGCCGUCUCGAAAUGCCCGCGUCCAAGUGAGGGUCAGGCUUCUCGGUAUACCGCCACGGUGACAGGGGCAUGAUACACAACAUUGCUGACUAUCUCGCUAUCUACACAAAGGCUGGACAGAAAAAACAAGUAGCCACUGGUCGUAACUCGCCCCGUCCCCUUCCUAGAGCUCUUGAGCAUUUAAAAAAAAUAUUUUGCUCAUGUUCACUAGCUCUUUAAAAGUGAAAUUAUGUAGGCGUGUCAUUUGCUUUCCUGCAGACUAACUAUUUUUUUUUUUUUUUUUAAACAAGGGAAUUAGGGAUAGGAGAAGGAGAGGAGAGGAAUGUGUGUACAGGUUGCCUGGUGAGGUCAUUGGCCUUCCUUUUCUUCUCCUUAAUAUAUUUAAUCUCAAAGGGGGUGUUAUGAGAGUGUGUGCUUGUGCAAGUGUGUGUGUGUGUGUGUUUGUAUGUGUGUGUGUGUGUGUGUGUGCGUGCGUGUGCACACACACACACAGUUAUUUGUCACCACGCCUGUGUGCGUAGUACGUACACAGAUGCUUGAGAUUGUUUGAGUGUGUCUUUAAAGCUUAACAUACAGACAGAGCCCAUGGUGCCUCGGUGAUCCACUGAUGACUACCAGCCUUACACCAGCGGUCAGUUCUCUGCCGGCGGACCCGUGCUAUGUCAAUGUGCUAAAUGAUUCAACCCCUCAAGCGAAGUGCACUGGGGACCAAUGUUGCGUGUCUGUGUCUUGGCCAGCCUAUGAUCUCCCUGUCCAUUAAGACGAUCCUCUGCACCCAGUAACCUCACCAAUUAUUCAAAAUGUUAUGCCUCCCCUACAUACCCAACUUUUCUUUCCUCUCUAAAUCAUGAACAAUUAAAGCAUCCCCUUCCACUCGAGUCACUCCUUGGUAGAAAUCAUUGUCCUUUGUCACUCUACUGUUGGAUGUGUCAUUUUGCGAUUGUGUGACUGCUAUAGAUGAGGUUGUACUCUUGGCCCUAGAGGUGGCUCAGAAGAUUAUUUGGCAUGAUCUAGCACUCCACCAUAUUCCUUUGUAUUUCAAUAACUCAGCAAUGCAGUGUUUUGAUUAGCGGGUAGUUAAGUCAGUGGCAAGUUCCACUCAGCCACUAGUGGCCCUCUCCAGAAUGUUAUCCAUUAAAUAGUCAAAUUGAAGCAUUGGAAGGAGAAACACUUUCUUUCACAAAAUGAUGUGCACCGUGAAGUGUCAUUUCAAAAUGUUGUCCCCCAAGUAAUGGUCCAUGUCUAAUUGUUAUAUUAUACAGCACCACACAGAUCGAUAACUAUUGAAUGAGGCCCAACAUUAGAAGGAAAGCCUCAUUAGAAUGGGAGACGGAAGUGGAGGUUUGAGAAUUAUGUUGAAAGAAAAAAUAUAUACAAUUUGUUCUAAAGUUGAACUGCCGUUUAUGAAAGGGAGUAGAUCGUGUGCUAGAUGAGUUGGUUGGUUCGGAUAGUUUCGGAGAAAUGGAACUUGAAGUUGCUUGACAUCAAGGAUGGAUGAGUUGAAACAUGUUCAAUAAAGCUGUGAUCUCUCCAAAAAGUGGAA